AUGCUGCCUGAUCUGUUUUGGGUGCUAUCAGUUCAUUCUCGAUCCUUCAACCGCGUCGACAACUUUCCGUCUGGCCAAGCUCAUUGCCAGCAUCUGGAACGCCAGAUCGCUGCAGCCAGUGAUCUCUGCACCUACACUACCAUUUGCUCAGGCAGCCUGCAUGGCGUCCAGGUCACGAAACGCCCGGAGGUUGUCCAGGCGUCUCAGUGGACAACACGUCAGAAGGAGGCCAAGGCGUUUUUGGCAACGAUUGGUUCUGACGAGCUGAUCAGGAAGAUCAUGGGCGUCCGCUAUGCUGAUGUCGUUAACACGAUCAAUGGCCAUGUACCCUUUGGUGCUGCACGGGUAGCCGCUCCUGCAGUGUCUGCAACCACUGCUGCGGCCACUCCAAUGCAAACUGGAGUGUUAAGUGGCCUGCCUUUGACAAGUCGCGUUGCAAUGGCCCAAGUGCAGCCUAUGGCGUCUAACUCGACUCCUACCAUGCCAGUUUCCCUCUCCGCGACCUCUGCCCCAGCUCAGGUCGCAGGAAAGAAGUGUAAAAACAAUCCCAUUAUCUUAGGGCCAGUCAUCGAUCUCACUGGAGAAAACAGUGAUUGA